AUGCGGCGGGCAUACCUAGGUGACCCGACCAACCCAGCAAACCAAGGAGAAGACAUCCGCGAGGACGAGAGCACCAGUGUUUUCGUCAGCAACCUUCCGAGCGACUGCCUCCCAACCCACGUCCUCAUGCAACUCCGCGGAGUAGGAAAAAUCUGGGCCUCAAACUUCAUCCCGCCCCAGGCACCAUACACCACGGCCGCAAGCAAAAUCGUCUUCUGGGAUCGAGACGGUCUCGACGCGUUCUUCGCAAAAUGGCGUCACGGUGACUUUAUCGUAUCGGGCCACCGACCUCACGUCGUGAUGAACUGGUUCCGGACGUCUUCGAAGCCGCCUUCCGACGAGUCGCGCGCACUUACGGUUACCGGUCCGCCUGAGAUCGUCGAGCUGUUCCGGCUGUGCGAAUUUUUACAGGCGCACUUCCACUUUGAGCUUGAAGACAUGAUCGAAAUGCCCGGCGCGCCCGACGAAGGCCAGACGACAAUCGAAGUGCGAUUUGCUUCGUGGCGAGCUCAGGCCUCCAAGGCUUGGAGUGUUGUCCGCAAAGCUAUUGCUGGUGUCGAGAUGCCGGAGACACCCAUGACGGAGCGCGAGAAGUACCUCUGGCGAUCUGUCACGGUCGAUUGGGCUCCCGACCCCAGCGCCUGA